AUGGCUGCUGUAAACUUCCCACAACUAGACAGUUGGGAUAUGAUAAUUAAAAGGACUCACGUAACUUUAGGAAAAAUCAUAAAAAAGCCUCCAUUAAAACCUGAAUUAUUACAGAAACCACCUUUCCGUUUCCUCUUCGACAUAAUUCAUGAAGUUAUAACUACUACUGGAUUCAUGCAAGGGUUAUACACGGAUAAAGAAUUAACCCACGGUUACUAUCAGGAUCUACCUACAAAGUCUUUAUUCUUGGAAAAAGCGUUAAUUUGUGUUAUAUUCACCAAGGGACAAACCCUCAGAGUGAAUCCGCUAAAAAUUUUAUGCGGGUUAGAACCGGAAAGAACCAAUGCUUUCCUACAAGCCCUAGGUAUAUGUCUAUUAGAAGGCUACGAUAGUACUACGGCUGUGCAAAGGGUUUUGUCGGGGGAGAGACCAUAUUUAUAUAAUCCAGUUAUAUAA